AUGAACUCGCCCACACCAUCGACGCCAUCUUCGGGGGACUCGCCGCCACAAGUGUCGGUGGAGCUGACUUCGCAGCAAUCGACGGUUGUGGCGGCACUAACGACUAUUGCCGGGCCAUCGCCAAACAAUGCCAAGCGGCGGCUUCCGUCUGGGUCGGUGCCGUACGGAUCGUCAAAUAGACGGCGACGGGAGGAAAGCAUGAAAGAGGAGAAGCAGCGGGAACAGGAGCGGGAAGGGGAGCGUGGAAUGGCGGACGUGGAACUGAUGAAGUACCUGAAUUCGAUUAUUCGGGAUCCGUUUGACGAAGGGGUGGCGGUGUUGUGA